AUUUUCGUGAAAGUCAUUCUCGGUUGAGGUUAAUAAUAAUUGUAAUUAAAAAUUGUAAAAGAAAUAGUGUAAGGUGACGUGCAAGUGAUAAUCCCUGAACAAUGGAUACUGAACAAAUUCUUCGGUACGACAUUAAACAAUGUUUAAAUUUAAUAGUGAUUGGCAAAGAUGCAGAGGUUACUGAAGGAUGGACCAAACUUAAAAAAUUAGAAAGUGAGCCAGCAUACAGGAAACUGAGCAAUUACGAAAGUAUCUUGAGAGAAAUGCUCAAUGAUCAGAUACUAAAUGUACACGAAGUUCCAGGAAUUAUGGCAUGGUUCGCGAAAUACCUGCCCGAGAAAACAUUUUCCGUUAAUCCGAUUUCCAAUGAUAUUGCAGUGAUGAUAAGGAACACAGAAAUCAGAUACAUGUCCGAUUUAACGAUGAUACUUCAGGCGUUAAUGGAAUACAAUGUGUAUCUGCCGGAGACUGCAAAUCACUCUAACCUCUGUGAGGCGAUUGUCAUAAGUUUGUCCGGAUUCUCAAUGCCGCCCGAUCCGAAAGAGAUUUCAGAAUUUACCGACAAUGCAACCAAAGUUCAAAACUUUCUAAAAACAGUACAAACACAGUCUAAAAACGUUGAAAGCAAUUACUUAAUUUUUAUAUGUCUCCAGACAUUAUAUAGAAUUAUAUCGGAUACUAAACGUAAACAAGAUCCUGGCCCUGGCCUGGCAGCUAUAUUACAGCUAGUAGAACUAUCUAUUAUACCUCAAGCUGUAAAUUGGAUUCUUUCUGAAUCGCAUUCCGAUGCGCAAUUAGCCCAUGCUUUGAAAACAUUGUGUAAUUGGCUUCCAAAAUGGAGAGGCGAUCGACUUAGCAUAUGGAUUAUGAAAUUUAUACUUGGUUUAGAGAAACAACGUAAAUAUUCUGUACUCAUCGAGGUCACAAAGGCAACUAUCGAUGUUAUGUUUCACGCGUUGCUGGUGUCUGUGAUUCGCCAGAAUGCAUCCGAAGUUGUAUUUCAUAUUUUGAAAAGACAAGGAUCUCCCGUAUUAUUUCGAGCUACAGAGAGAAAUAUACAAAGAGUCUUGACAUUUUUAAUGAAAGAGGAUUCAGAGUCGAGCAAAACAUGCGUGCAAAACUUGGUCGAUAUUUUCAAAGUGCAUAUAUUAAGGUUCCCAGGUCAAUGUUCGUACAGUAAUAUAGAAAACAGUUUCCCUGUACAACCUAGAAUGCAUAUUGUUAAAGAGAUACUAAACGAUCACGUUUGGGUUAACGAAACGGAAGAGAUCGAGCCAGUUAUCGAAUCGCCGAAACCACACUCUGGAAAAGUUGGGCUUUCAAAUCUUGGGAACACAUGUUAUAUGAAUAGCGUACUGCAAGCAUUAUUAAUGACCAGACAGUUUUGUUACGAAGUAUUAAUGUACAAGCCUUCGAACAAUGUUAACGACCAUGUUGUACUUAAAAAAUUACAAAAAUUGUUUACUCUUUUAUUAUACUCGAAAAGAAUUUCAUUGGCGCCUACCGAGAUUCUCCUAGCCUCCCGGCCAGCUUAUUUUCUACCAGGACAACAGCAAGAUAGUUCAGAAUUUCUCUGUCAUCUGUUGGAUCUGUUGCACGAACAAGAAAAAUCUGCUAGUAUAAGUUGCGAAGCGAAUGAUUCUAAUCUGAAGUAUAAGGAUGACAAGGAAAUAACCGACAUCUCGUUAAUGAACGAAGAUGGAGGGUCUAUUAAGCGUUGGACAACCGAAGAAGAUUUAACUGGAAGUAUAGCGUUAGAAAGGAAAACACAAUCGUUGGCUGAUUUUACGGAAGGAGAAGAUUUGGCACAAACACAGCAACUUAGCGACUCUCAUUCGGACUCUACAGACAGCGGAAUACAGUCUGUAGGCGGAGAAGAUACGAGUACACAAGUACCUCUGGUGCACAGAGUUCUAGGAGGGAAAUGUAAAAUUACUUACCAGUGUGCACAGUGUGAUACUAGUUCUCAUAAUACGGACAAGUUUCGAGACUUACAGCUGUGCUUUCCGGAAGAGAUACAAGAGAAUCAAGAAGUCUCCGUACAAGAUCUUAUUAAUUAUUAUUUAACGCCGGAGAAGCUGACCGGCGAGAACAAGUACCGAUGCGACAAGUGCAUGAAAUUGUGCGAUGCACAAAGAAUUAUCAAAAUUUUGCAUACGCCAACUUAUUUGAUUUUGAUAUUGAAGCAUUUCCGUUACGAUUUUAAUACCAGGUUACGAACGAAACUUCGGCACAAAGUAAUGUAUAACGAGACUAUACAGUUACCGAUAUCGACACCACUGUGUACGACCACCGAAACGUACCAAUUAUACGCCGCGGUUGUACACUCUGGUUACAGUAUGGAUUACGGUCAUUAUUUCACAUACGCGCGCGAUUCGAAACAGAACUGGUACAAAUUUAACGACAGUUAUGUUUCACAAACUACCCUUAACGACUUUAAAGACUUGAAACCACCUGAUACGCCAUAUAUAUUAUUUUACGAGAAGUGUGUCCCGUUCGACGGUAUUUACGAUGAAGAUAAACCGGAACUGUCGACGUUGAGCAAACAGUUGCAGGGACUGGUGGCAAACGAUACCACAGCCUACAUCGAGGAGUUGAGGCAUCAAGCCGAGAAAUCUCAACAUGGUCGACAGAGCUCCGUAUUGUUACGAAGAAAUGAAAAUUCCGACGACGAGAAUCCUCCUCCUAGUAGCUGUCGAGGCGCGGUUAACAUGCCCGCGAGUCGUUUCCUCUAUUAGAUGAUUCAUUUAAUAUUUAAAUAACACGGUGUUUUCUUUAUCUGUAUCUUUAUCUUUAUUCCUUUCUUUUUCUUUUUCUUUUUCUUUUUCUUCUUCUUUUUCUUCUUCUUUUUCUUCUUCUUUUUCUUUUUCUUUCUCAUUUUUUAUUAUAAACAUCCAAGUUCCAGGUGAAUUUGUAAUGCAUGUUCCUUGGAAACUUGGCGAACGCGAAGGUAUGGAAGGGAAAAUACGGUUCCUUUGUAAUAGCAGUGCUGUUGCCUCGAUUGGUGUGCGAGUUCAGCAUCCCCGAAAACAGUAUUUUGUGCAAAUUAAUAUGUAUGUUACUGUAGAUCGAAUUUUAUUUUCCGAGAUACGAUAUCGUGCAACACGGCAUACCGCAUAAUGUGUUGCGCAUUAUUAAUGGUAACGAAUGUAAUGGUAAAUUCUUUUUAGAUUUUACAUUAUCAAACGAGAUGCAAAGGGAGGAGAAUGAUUGCCAUUAUUCGUAGACAGAAGCGGAGUCUGAAAGGAUUGUGUAAAGAAAAAGAAUUUUUAUUUCUAUCUGUAGCAGUUUGUACAAACGGAUGUCUUGUAACAUCUUAGGCGAUACACCUUGUAUUCUACCAUUUUGUGUACGUAGGUUUAUAUAUGAGUGUACAUUUCGUAAGGGUUCUCAACGUUUUGCGUAACGUGUUAAAAAUUAUACUACAGGUCGGUGAAUACUGCAUUAAAGUAUUGUCAAGUACAGUCACUGAAUUUUCAUCAAACUUUCAUAUUAUUCGUUUCCUUGAAAGAAUAACACGAUGAGAUCUUUUCUUUCUUUUUUUUCUUUUCUUUCUUUUCUUUUCAAAGUGAACGUAGAAUCGGAAAGAAAGAAAGAAAAGACAAGGUUGUUAUCGAAAACUGUAUUAAGAGGUUCUAACGAAAGAAGAUGAGCUCGAUACUCGAUAAGAAACGUAAUAUAGUCGGCUGUGUUUACAAGCAAACAAGCAAACGAGCAAACAAACAGACAGAAAACGAGUAUUUAGGCCAACAUUGAAAAUACCGUGAAUUUAAGAACCAUUGAUUUUCCAUGUUGUUAAUGCUGUUUGUCGCGUGAGAGAAUACGGGCUAUUUAUUGGAACGUUACUGCACGUUGAAAUUCGCUCCUCCCCUUAAAGCUUAUCCUCGCUUCAUCGAAAGCAUACGAUAAACGCAGCAUGUGUUGUACAUAAAUUCAUAACUUACUUGACAAACCGCAUUUCUGGUUCUGGACGAACACGUUGAAUAGUUAAAAUUCGACUACUUUUUCGACUCUGCGUUAGGCGUACAUAUUUUAGCGUUAAACGGAAAAGAACGCGGUAAACAAGAGAAGAGGAGUAAGUUUGAUAGUCGCUAUUAUUGUAAAUAGAUGUAUGUUAAUCAUAGUUACAAUUUAAAACACUCCAAGCAUUACGAAUCUGUGAUAAAUUUAUACUGUCAAAUUGAUAAUGUUAAUUUUCUUAGCUCAGUAUUGAAACGAGACGAUUACAUCAGCCACCUUAAUUUAUAAUAACUCAAGGAACGCUGUAUUGUACAGUAUUCGUUAGGUCUUAUAGAUUUGUAAAUGCUCCUAGACGUUUCACGUGAACAAAUUAUUCAUGUAACAUCGUUUAUUUAUUGUUCAUUUAAUGAUAUUCAUCGCUAUGGAAAAUGGCACAAAGAGAGCACGAGAGUAGUACGCGGACACACAGGACGAAAAGAAGCGAACGUUCAAACGAAUAUUUUACUGCACAAUCGUAUUGUUGGCAUUCAUGAAAUUAUUUAUAACGUGUGUGGUGCUUCUGGUUUUUAUUCGUGUUUUAUUUAUGUUACAUUAACCGUAACUACAAUGUAGACCGAGUGUGAAAGACUUAUUAAAGUACAGUUCGAAAUAAUAAAAUUCAUC